AUGGCGAAUAAAAAAGAUGAGGAAUCUCAAGAAGCUCGAGAUCCUCUGCUUUCUGAGAAAUCCACUGAGCCCACUGGCAUCACGAAAAUAUCCAGUCGAAUUUCUACGAAAGCGAAAUACGCAGUUGGUUUUGGAGCUGUCGUCACUUUACUUUUUGCACUUAUCCUUCUUCUAUAUCUCUCUCAUAUGCAUCAACUGUCAACAAACCUCUUCAAACCCGAACCACCUGACCAUACUUUCUGUGGAAAAACGCCUGCAGAUGCAGUAAAAAAUGGCUGCCACUACGAACCGAUGAUCAGCUCAUGGGUGCCUGAAGCAUGUUACUUUAUCGAAGCCCAGCAAGGCUACGAUGUAUACAGUGAUCUCGACUGGUUUGCUGACCCGUUUCUGAGACAACCGUUGAACGAAACGGAGAUGAUAGAUCUCAGAAGGGGCUUUUACAGCCACGUAUAUACUACUUGGCAGUAUCACGACGAACAUUGCCUUUACAACUGGAGGAAACUGGCAAUGGCUGUGGAAAAACGUUUGCCACUCAUUGAAUCGAAAACCGCAGAUGAGGAACAUUCUCAACACUGUGCCAAAGUCACACGCAACUACGUUCGGAAGGAUGGACAAGAGACGAUUGCCGAUCUUAAAACUGUGGCCCUGAAAGUAACUUUGACAAUGAAGGGGUGUGUUGCAUUAUUCUGA